AUGCCCCUCCUCCGCCUCGAGCUGUACAACUUCAAGUCGUACAGGGGAAAGCAGGUCAUCUCAUUGGGCGACUCGCCCUUUGUAUCAAUCAUCGGCCCCAAUGGUGCCGGCAAAUCCAACCUCAUGGAUGCCAUCUCCUUCGUGCUUGGAGUCAAAUCAGCCCAGCUGCGCUCAACCCAGCUCAAGGAUCUCAUCUAUCGAGGACGAAGGGCCGCUCAAAACGACGACGAACCGGUGGAUGAGGAGACACAGACACAAACCGACCCAGAGCUCGGGAAUGACGCCAAGAGCGCAUGGGUGUCUGCUAUCUAUCACGACGAAAAGGCCGACAAGGAGUGGAUGUUCCGCAGGAGCAUCUCCAUGUCCGGCGCGUCCUCUUACUUUUUAAACAACAAGUCUGUCGCCUGGAGAGACUACAACGCUAGACUGGCAGCAUUCAACAUUCUUGUCAAGGCCAAAAACUUUUUGGUCUUUCAGGGUGAUGUCGAAGGAGUGGCCAGUCAGGAUAGCAAAGCCCUUGCCAGACUCAUUGACCGUAUCAGCGGUUCCCUUGAUCUUGCUCCUGCGUACGAAGCUGCCAAGUCUGCGCAAGAGAAGGCUACCGAAGCAUCGACCUCUAAUUAUUCCAAGAAACGAAGCAUGCUCACCGAAGUCAAGCAUUUCCGCGAGCAACAGGAGGAGGUCCGUCAGUGGGACAAGCUCAACGAUAGCAAGGAUGCUUUGAUUCAACGUCAUGCUCUUUGGCGGCUGUAUCACCUCACCACCACUAUUGAAAAGUUGGCGGAGAGUGUGGAAAAGGAGAAUGCCAAUCUGGAUGAGUGUAGAGAUGCCGCUGUCGCGGCUCAGAAAGAACUGUCGGAUAUCAAGAAGGAGCAGACUAAAGCUCAGCUGGACGUCAAGAAGCGGGAGAGCAGAGUCAAACAGGCGGAGAGGGCGUACGAGGACAAGAAACCUGAAUUGGUAGCUCUCGAGACACAAAUCGCUCACUCUGACAAGAAAGCGACCAAUGCCACCAACCUUCAAGAGAGAGUCAAGAAGGACGAGGAGAGGCAAGCGGACAGUCUUAAGACUUUGGAGAAGGGGUUGGAGCAGAUCACCAAAAGGAUGGAGGAAGCUGGCGAGCAGCAAAGGCAAAGGAGUCAAGCUGCGGGUAUCACCCUGUCUGGAGAUGACCUCGACCAAUAUCGACGAUUACGUUCUUCUGCAAACUCGCAAGCAGUGCAAGAGAGACAGCAACUUGAAACCCUUCGCCGAGAGCAAAAGACCCUUCGCGACUCCCUGGCCUCGGUAGAAGACAAGAUGCAGCAAGCGCGAAGGCAGACGGAAAAGCUGACCGAGGAGACCAACGCUCUCGAGGAGCGUGAAGAGAUUGCGUCCACGAAAAUACGCGAGAUGGAAGCCGAACAAGAGACCAUCUCUGGCCAGCUGAGUCACGCCCAGUCUGAAAGGGAAAGGAUCAACAAACGCGAGACCGAAAUCAACGAACGUCUGCAAAAUAUCUACCACGAGCUUUUGCAAGCAGGCGUGGACAAGCGCGAAAGCGAGAGAGAGGCCAAACUCAACGAAACGCUUGCCAGCUUGAAACGCGUGUUUCCAGGCGUUCAUGGUCGUGUCUCCAAGCUGUGCCGCCCUGUCGCCACCAAGUACGAGACAGCAGUCAUGACUGUCCUCGGACGAAACGUUGACGCUGUGGUCGUUGACAAUGAAAAGGUCGCUAUCGACUGCAUCGAGUAUAUGCGAAAUCAGCGAGCCGGUCAAGCUACCUUUAUCCCCCUCGACACCAUUCAGGUCAAACCCAUUCCUGAAAAGUUGCGAAACUUUGCUCGAGGUGCCCGUCUUGCCAUCGAUUGCAUCGAAUAUGAUCCCGUUGUCGAACGCGCUAUGCAGCACGCCUGCAGCAGUUCUCUCAUCUGUGAUACCAUGGAGAUUGCCAGAUAUGUGUGCUAUGAAAAGGGCCAGGAGGUCAAGGCCGUCACUCUGGAGGGCACCGUCAUCCACAAGAGUGGUCUGAUCACUGGUGGGCGAGGGUCGAGAACCGGCGCCAAGUUUGACUCUGUCGAUGUGGACAAGCUCAAGGCCAACAAGGAAAAGGAGAUGAACAAUCUCAAAGAGCUUCAUGCGUCCAAGCCCAAUGACAAGGGUGAUGAAAUCCUCUUGGAAAGCCUCUCCCGUCUCAAUGCGGAAAUUUCCAUCGCCAAGGAUGAACUAGCCUCCAUCGAAGUCCGCUUGCGAGGUUCUAGAGAGGAAUUGAAACACGCACUGUCCUCUAUCAAGAAGCUCGAUCCUGAACUUAAAACCAAGACUCGAGCCGUCACUUCCAUCGAGCAGCGCUCUAGUGCAUUGACUGAUCGAAUCAAGGAAGCGGAUAAUGUCGUAUUCGGGGCGUUCUGCGAUAAGAUUGGGGUGACAGAUAUCAACGAGUAUGAGGAUGUGCAGUUGAGAAUCGCAAACGAGGCGAACGAGGCCAUGGAAGAGUUUGCGGCUCAGCAGGCCAGAGUGAAGCACCAGAUCGACUUUGAAGUUUCGCAGCUCAAGAGCACCCGCGAGCGUCUUGUAAACCUCCAAAAGGUGGUUGACAAGGAAAACACACACGCGAAAGAACUUGAAAGCAAACGAGAUGGUCUUGAAGCUGAAUUAGAAUCCUUGCAAGAGGCGAUCGCCAAACAGCAGACCAAGCUCGACGCGUCCAACCAAGCAUACCGAAAGGUCGUCGCAGCGGUGGAAGCCACGAGAGAUAGAGCAAGAAGUGCACAGAAGGAUCUUGACAAGAGGCUCAAGAAGAUUGCUGGCUGGAACGAUGAAGCUACAAAGUGUGCAUCUGAUCGACAUGCUGUCUACCGAAGGUGUAGACUGGAAGAGAUUGAUCUGCCAUUAGUGAGCGGAAGGCUGGACAAGGUGCCGAUCGAAGAGCCACCGAAGGACGAGGAUGAAGAUAUGGAAGACGAAGAAGCGACACAGAGACCAGUCCAGGUCGAAGACUAUGGUAUUGAGCCAGAUUUCGAUAUGCUGGAAGAUGAUGACAAGGAGGACGAGGCGGACGAAGUUGGCCGCGAAAUGGAGGCCCAGGUCGCCAAAAUGAAGGCCGAUCUCGAGCGACUGGCACCCAACAUGAAAGCUGUGGAGAGGUUGGAUGAGGUGGAAAAGGAACUCGACGAGACCGAGCGAGAGGCUGAGGAAACAAGAAAGGAGAGUAAACGAGCCAAAGACGAGUUCCAAGAACUCAAGAAGAAGCGGUGUGAUCUCUUCAACAAAGCAUACAAUCACAUGUCGUCCGUCAUCGACAAGAUUUAUAAGGAUCUCACCAAAAGUCAGCAUCAAGUUGGUGGUACAGCUUGGUUUACUCUAGAGGAAGUCGAAGAACCUUACCUGAGCGGUGUCAACUACAACACAAUGCCUCCUGGUAAACGUUUUGCCGAGAUGGAGCAGCUGUCCGGUGGCGAAAAGACGAUGGCCGCCCUUGCGCUCUUGUUCUCGAUCCACAGUUAUCAUCCUGCGCCCUUCUUUGUCCUGGACGAAGUUGAUGCUGCUUUGGAUGCCACCAACGUCAUGAAGCUGGCUCGAUAUGUUCGCAGCCAAGCCGACAAGCAUGUGCAGUUCCUGAUCAUCUCAUUGAAGAGCACACUGUACGAGAAGGCGGACGGCCUUGUGGGCGUCUACAGGGAGCAAGAAGAAAACAGUUCGAGAACACUGACUUUGGAUUUGCGGCAAUAUGCCAACUAG